UUCCCACAGUUCGAGGUUGAGAUCUGCUGUAGUGGGUGUCGGAUCUCCCUGCGGCCAGACGCGCUCCUCCGCUUUCUCCAGACUGAACGAGCCUGAAGCCUGCAAUGUGCUCUGUUGUGUGAAGGUUAGUGAGGGCGGAUCACUACUGGACUCCCCUGCUGCCCAGCACCCCGGGGUCGCGCUUUGUUUCAGUGAAGACCCUCAGUCCCUUUCUCCAUAAAAUAAAAUCUCCAGAUAUCCUGAAAAUGGAUCCUUUGCAAAAUGGGAAUAAUUGUGAGGAGGACUCGCAGUGUGCUGAGGAGGAGGAAGAAGUGGAUCCAAGAAUCCAGGGGGAGCUGGAGAAGUUAAACCAGUCUACAGAUGACAUUAACCGCUGGGAGAGUGAGCUGGAGGACUGCCGUCAGCGGUUUCGUGCAGUGCUGGUGGAAGCAACAGUGAAGCUGGAUGAGCAGGUGAAGAGGAUCGGACGGGCUGUGGAAGACUCCAAACCGUACUGGGAAGCCCGCAAAGUAGCAAGACAGGCCCAGGUUGAAGCUCAAAAGGCCACCCAGGAGUUCCAGCGGGCUGUGGAGAUCCUGCGGGCAGCCAAGGAGACCAUCGCCCUGGCCGAGGAGAGGCUGCUGGAGGAGGACAGCCGCCAGUUUGACUCUGCCUGGCAGGAAAUGCUCAACCAUGCCACACAGAGGGUGAUGGAGGCCGAGACGGCGAGAACGCGCAGUGAAGCUGAACACAGAAAAACAGCAGCCAAUUACAAUUCCUGUAUCAGCCACAUGCGGCAGUUAGAGAAGAAACUGAAACGCUCCAUCAACAAAUCCAGGCCAUAUUUUGAACUGAAAGCCAAGUAUUAUCUACAGCUUGAGCAACUGAAACGUCUUGUGGAUGAGCGCCAGGCCAAACUUGUGAUUGCCAAGUCUGAGUAUCGCGCAGCGCUACGCAACCUAGAGAGCAUCUCCGAAGAGAUCCAUGCCCAGCGACGCUCCCUUGCCAUGGGAACCAGAGAGCAGGGUGUUGGUGCGGAGGGAGAUGGAGGCAAUGAGGACAUUGCCAACUUCAAGAUGGAGUCAGACGGUCUAUCAAUGGUGUCCGUAUCAAUUGACGAAGAGGGCAGUCACAGUAGCAGCUCAGAGGAGGAGACCGACACUCGCUCCACCUCCUCACCCCGAGCCAUGCCCUCCUCACCUUCCUCAUCCUCCUCCCAUCCGUCCACGUCUGCCUCCCCCCCCCUGGACAUGCCCUGCCCUUACCCCUCCUCCUCGCUCUACACCUCCUGCUCCUACCUCUCCUCCUCUCCCUCUUCCCCCGUCCUCUCCUCCUCCUGUCCCGGUGGCUUGGAGUUAGUGAGCCCCUGUAGCUCUCAUGACCCAGACUCAGCAUGCGGUUCUGGGCAUGCCUCACCUCUCCUGGGCCCUCGCAGCCAGUGCAGUGGGGCUUCCUCUCCAGACUGCGACCAGGAGAGAGGUGAUAGAGCAGAGGGAGCGGAAGCGACGUUAGAAGCCGGUUUGAACAAGCUAACCUUCACUGUAGCAAAAAAAGAAGAAGGGGACUCUGGGGAUGAACAAGACCCCCAUUUUGUCAACCCUGAAAUUUCCUCUCCCAGCUCAGCCACUGCCAUUCUGCUACUCAACAGUGUCUAAUGAAUGACUGUCAUAAUAAAAACACUCACUGUGCCCAGCUUCAAGCCUCAAACUGGACUCUGUAGCAGAGGACAUGGGGCGGGGCACACUCCCAGCUCCAAAGAACCUGACAUCAUGUCUCCAUAUUGUCUAAAUGUCAGAUGGUGUCUUAUUAAAGGUGCUACAAGUAGUGUAUUUGAACAUCAGUACAUCAUUGUCAAAUCAAUUGUGAACCCUUGUAGAUGUGUUGUGAACAAAUAAUAGCAGGGGCAGGAGGAAGUUUCUAUUGGUAUUAUUAGUACCAGCAUUAUUCAAAUAUUACAUUUCCCAUAAACCUUCUUGCUUGCUGUUGCAAAGAGGAUGUUGCCUGUUUGGUGCCAAAAAGAAAUUUGUGUUGUACAGUAUGGCAAAUUUCCUUUUCUUUGGCAAAUUGUAGACAUUGAGAGGGUUGACGCCCUUGUCCUUCCUCUCACCAAUUGUGUAACUUGUCUACAGAUUUAUAGUGAUUUGUCCAAGUUAAACAUUUAUUGAUAUUAAUAUGCUUCAGUUGGCACCACUAAGAGACGUUUUGUAUUGAUGUGAACAGUGAGCCUUUUUUUGUCUGAAUCUCCACGAGGAUCAAAAUGGGACAAAAUAAUCUGUCGGAUGUUGGAUUAUGACUUGUUCUGCCUUGAUUAUUGAGCUCCUACAGUAACUCCUAAAUGUCAAUUUGGUAGGGUGUGGAGACUUUGGAGGAAUAGUUGUCAAGGAGGAAAGUGGAGUGCAAGCAGCACUAAGGAAGAGACUAUCUUCAGAUGGGACUGGACAUUUUGAGACACAAAUGGUCUUCCAUUUGGAUUUGUGAAUGAGUGUGUGAAUGUAUACAGCCCACCAUCUGAGGUGAUGGUGAUUGAGAUAAAUGAUUUUUUGAGUGUGGGUGUGUUGUGUUUUAGAUAAAUGCUCAAAUACUACCCUGUAGUACAGAUAUUCUAUAUUUAUACUCCUGUAUUCUUGUAUAUGAACAAUGUUUUGUGGUUACUGUUGUUAUUGUUUAACAAAAUAAGCAAUAAACAUGUGCUACAUGUAACUGAUA